AUGGCUGCCAAGGAUGAGAAGAAGACGCUCGUCAAGGUGUGCGGCGUGACCACGCCCGAGGACGCGACGCAGGCCGCGGUCGCCGGCGCCGACUUCAUCGGCAUGAUCCUCUGGCCCAAGUCCAAGCGAUCCAUCCCGCUGGACGUCGCCAAGGAGGUCGCCGACGCCGCCAAGGCUGCGGGCGCGACACCCAUCGGCGUCUUCGUGGACGAAUCCGCCGAGGAGAUCGUAGCCGCGUGCGAGGCGGUCGGCAUCGACCACGCGCAGCUCCACGGCGACAACGCCCGCGCCGCGCUCACCGACCUCCCCAUGAAGAUCAAGGCUGUGUACGUCGUCUCCGCGGCGAAGGACGGCGCCAUCGUCACCCCGAUGCCGGGCGACGAGGAGAAACUCUGCGAAGAUCGCCGGACCAAGCUCUCAGGCGCGGGGGGUUGGAAGGCGGCGAUCGACUGGGUCAACGGCCCGAGGCGCACGAUCGACUGGCUCCUCGUCGACGGCGUCGUCGCGGGGUCGGGCGAGACGUACGACUGGACCAACCUGCGGGUUCCGCGCGGGUGCAGCAGGAAGGGUUGGAUCCUCGCGGGCGGUUUGGACCCCGAAAACGUUACGGACGCCAUCGGCGCGUGCAAGCCGACGGCUGUGGACGUGGCGAGCGGGGUGGCGGACGAGGGCGGGGUGAAGAAGGACCCGGUCAAGGUGGACGCGUUCAUUGCCAACGCAAAGUCGGCGUCGAUGGAGAUGGCUUGA